AGUCUUCCAUCUCAAACUGGUCAAAAUGGCAGCAUAUAGGUCUUUUCAGAUGGCUGGCCCUAUGUAACACCCACGUGUGCCUGGUGGCUGAGGCACUUUGUGCUCAAUUACGUGGCGGUGGCGAUGACAGGGGACAGCGGCGUGCUUCCCUCUGGGGUCACCACUUUCCCAUAUCAACACAAGCACUGGGUCAGUCUCUCAGCUACACCCCCCACCCUCUCCACCCUGGGUUCUUUCUCUCACAAUCUAUUCCUCCACCUGCUCCCCAGAGAUACUCUCAUUGUACCCACAGCUAUAAACACUUCAUUGAGCAUGUGGCAGCCCCGCGUUCCUCAAAGCCCUUCCCAGUGCUCUCAUUGGCCCAGGGACUGUGAGAAACUCCAACAAGCCCAAGACCCACACAUUCAUAUGGAGAUUUGGGUGUAUAAAUACAGGGCAGGGGCAGAAGAGAAGGCAGCUCAGAUUCAACUGGCUCUUCAGACUGAACAGGAGUGACUCUGACUGCAGCGAUGGCACCCACUGUGUUUGGACAAGCAAGCUACUCUAAAGAACACCUGACUCCUGCUCAUAAGCUUAGAAAGCCAAUGGUGGAGAAACUGCGCAGAGACCGCAUCAACACCAGCAUUGAGCAGCUGAAAUCCCUGCUGGGUCCAGAGUUCCUCAGGCAGCAGCCUGACUCCAAGCAAGAGAAAGCAGACAUCUUGGAGAUGGCUGUGUCCUAUCUGAGAAGCUGGCAGCAGAAGAAGCAGCAGUGUGCCAGCAUGGCCUCUGGCUUGGUGACAGCCGGCGACGGCUACUCCCGCUGUGUACAGGAGGCCAUCAGCUUCCUGGCCCACUGCGAGGUCCAGACCCAGGCCCACAGACGCCUGAUCAGCCACUUCCAGGGCCUGCAGGCGUCCGGCAGGUCCAGCCACAGUCCCUGCACCCUCUCCCCUCCUGGCUCUCCUCUCCAUCAGGUCAACUCCAACAAAGGUGUGAGCCAGGCUGGCGGUGCUCUGUGGAGACCCUGGUAGGAUGGAGGCAGCGUGAAAAGAGAACGAGAGCUACAUCAGUGAACGUCAUGGACAGAAAGUUGAAGACUCAUUGGAGUCUGUUUCCUUUUGCUUUGGCAGGAGAUUGAAUAUUUCUUAGUGUUUUGCUAGUGUGGGUGAAAAGGCACAGCGUGCCAGUAUUCCUUAGGAAGGACUGAAAUGAUUCAGGUUUUACUGAAUAUGUACACCAUGUGUAUACACAUCAUAUAUUGUGUAAUAUAGGGUUUUUACUCUGUGAUUGUGUUUAUUGUUCCUGUUGGAAAACUAGAUUUUAUUUAGCUUGCAAACAGCUGAAUUAUCUUCUUAUAAGACCCAUGUUGGGUUGAAAUGUUUUCAGUGUUUGAGACAGUUUUAAUGAAAUGUCUGUCUUUGAUACCGAGUAUCACUAAUUGACAGUUUCAUCAGCUUGAUGAUGAUGAAUCAACAACAUGGAUCCCAUGGAUCCAGUUUUACUGUAAAUCGCAUUAUGAUUAGAUUUUAUUCUAACUAUUUGUAACCAUUAUUUGGUCUGUUUCUGAAAGUGUGGUACUGCUGAGAUUUUACCUGUUAACUGUUCAAUUGUGAUGUUCAUAAGAGAUAUUUGUGUAUCUUCACAUGAAAACCUUUUAUAAAGGCAUGUUAUGUUGACAUCAGUCUUUGCUGAAAGAAUUUGAAUGAAUUACUUCUUUGAGAAGUUUGUCUUUGAACUAAAAAAAUAAAUGGAAAACUUCACACG